CAUAACCACGCACAGCGCAGGAAACAAACCUAGGGUUUUAGCUCUCAUUCCCUUGUAGAAUUCGCAAGAGUGACGGAGUAAGAAGAGAUCGAUUAAUCAUGUUUCCGGGGAUGUUCAUGAAGAAACCAGACAAGGCAGCGGCCUUGAAGCAGCUAAAAGUCCAUCUUACCAUGUUCGGGGUCUGCGUCGCCGUCAUCCGUGUUACCCCUUACGUCCUUCACUACCUCUCUGAUACCCCCGAGGAGCUCAAGCUUGAGUUUUAGAUCCACUUCUCUUUCUCCUCGUCAGUGGACUCAUGAAGAGAGGCUUCAAGUUAGGAUAAUUAGCGUGUCUGAGCUGCUAUAUCUUACUUCCUAUUUUAUGUUGCCCCGAAAAGAUGGUACCCAUUUGGUUCAUUAUGUCCUUAAGUUCUAGUUAAUCUCAGACGUUUUGAAGUGCUUUGGUAUAAUGCUACUGAGGUUAUACAUUGAAGGUACUUCUGAUUUUAUAAAAGGUAGCAUGUGAAAAUCUACUCUUUUUUAUCUC